AUGACCACCAUGACAGACGUUCUCAUCAACACCAAAGGAGAGAUCAAACUCUGUGACUUUGGCUUGAGCAAGGAGCUGGACCUUAUCCGCUCGGUGGCGGACACCUAUGUGGGUAGCAUGUUGUACAUGUCACCCGAGCGACUUGAUCCCAAGGGGUUUCCACACGCUGACCGCUGUCAGGGCGACGUGUGGGGCCUCGCGUUGACCGUGGCCGAGGUCGCGUUGGGACGCUUUCCCCUUGUUCAGGACGAGAAAAAGUUGUCCACCAUGCGCGAGCUGGAAUGCGUGCUGAUGACGCUACAAGCGUCCAGUCCCGUCUUACCCAGUAUGCCGGCGCUCGAAUCGCUCCUCGGAGACUGCAUCAAGACUGAUCCGGCGCAGCGAGCGACCAUCUCGGCCCUGUUGGAGCGCCCCUGUCUGCAGGACGUAUCCCGAGACCCCCUUCUUCUUUGGCUACGUGCUGCUGGAUAUCAGGAUGAGCUGCUCGAGGCCCCUACCGCUACAGAAAGCUCGUGA